AAAUAAUCAAAUUCCUAAAAAGGCUUUUAUCCGACCCGAGUUGCCACCAAGUCAUGAGUCCACGACUGGGACGACCCUAAUUUCUCUCUCUCGCGUUUUCUCUUUCACCCUCUGAACCGCCGAUCGCCGCCUCAACCACCGACCAACAGCAUCUAAAGCAAAGAGAGAUGUCUACUUCAGAUGAAGAAAUCACAAGGCUGUACAGAGUCCGGAGAACAGUGAUGCAAAUGCUGAGGGACAGAGGGUACAUUGUGGGAGAUUUCGAGGUAGACAUGACAAAGCAGCAGUUCGUUCAGAAAUAUGGUGAGAACAUGAAAAGGGAAGACCUUGUUAUCAAUAAAACCAAUCGCAAUGAUAGCUCAGACCGGAUUUAUGUUUUCUUCCCUGAGGAGCAGAAAGUUGGUGUUAAGACAAUGAAGACUUAUACCAAUCGCAUGAAAUCAGAGAACGUUUUCAGAGCAAUCUUGGUGGUUCAACAGAAUCUCACUCCCUUUGCGAAGGCAUGCAUAAAUGAAAUAUCAGGAAAAUUUCAUUUGGAGGUUUUCCAGGAGGCAGAGUUAUUGGUCAACAUUAAAGAACAUGUACUUGUUCCUGAGCACCAGCUCCUCACAAAUGAAGAAAAGAAGACUUUGCUGGAUAGAUAUACUGUGAAAGAAACACAGCUACCUCGGAUUCAGGUGACAGACCCAGUCACCAGAUAUUAUGGGCUGAAGCGCGGCCAAGUUGUGAAGAUUAUCCGACCAAGUGAGACUGCAGGCCGUUACAUCACAUACCGCUAUGUUGUUUAGAUUUCUUCCACUAUAUUCUGUCUAUCUAGUCGAGUGGAAUUCUGAAUCUUGUUCCAGUUGAAAAGUGUUCCGGUUAUGUUUAAGUCAAUGAUUCAAGAACCUUUGGAGCAUUUGUGAUUGGAGAGGGAAACAUUGGAGAAUGUCAAAAUUGGACCGCACUUUGUGUGGAUAAUAUAUAUCUCUGUUUGGUUUGUGUACUACUAUAAUCAUUUACAUUUCCUUUUGGCAAUGCUUGUGAUUUAUGAAUCCAGAGGAUAUUGCGUU